GCAAGGCAAUUUGUAUACAAUUUUGUAUAGUAAUCGUCUCACCCUCAGCAAGCUUGAACAUAUAGUCUUAUCCUAGUCACGUGAUGGAUCAUGAGGAUCUAGGAAAUCGUAUUCUAGAUCCACUAGAUCCUUAUAAUCCAAUCGAUACAAAGAUCUAUAUAAUUAGGAAAGGAUUCUUUUUGUAAAGCUUUGUAUUCAAGAUUAAUCAUUUAGUAUAUCUUAUUAUUAGUUACGAAUUGUAAUUAUUGAUAUUAUUUUAAAGCCUCUACUUGACGUCUAGUUAUAAACCAUUCGAGGAUCCAAGCCACUUCCACGUGAUCUAGAUCGCAUCCCUCGUAACAGCUACGCGUACAGCAAGGUUUUGGUAUCGGCAAGCCGACAAUAAUUGACUUUGUUUAUUUAGUUCUUAUAUUAUAUAUCACAAACACUAAAACUAAAUAAUUACAAUUUAAUUAUCAAAUUUAAUAUUAUUUAUAUUGAUAUUUUAUUAUAUAUUAUUUUUCAAUUUGAAUAAAAACACUAUUUUAUAAUUAAUAAACUUUUUUAAUUUCUUGUUUUUUAAAGUGUCUUUUAUUGAAUUGACUUUUUAAUUGUUAAGUGAUUAGAUAAGCACGGCAAUCAUGAGCAACGCUUCCGAACGCAAUAUACACCAACCUCUGCAACUCAAAAAUUUUCACAGAUCAAUGCUCUCUUCAAACAGUCCAGCUUCUUACAGAGGCUUUCAUCAGCAGGUGGCAGUUGAAGAAGACCUAAGGCAUCAUAAUCAUCGUCAAAAUUCACCACAAAUGCACACACAAAACUCUCCACAGCCAAAUUCUGAGCAGCAGCAGUUUGAGCAGAACGCACAACACGUGCAAAUGCGACCAAGCCAACGACCACUGCUAUCCCCAACCCUUAAAUAUUCAUAUGGAAAUCAAUUCCCGUCUCAUACGGAGAACGAUAAUAGAAGUUCUACACCACAACCCUCAGGCUUUCUUCAGAAUGGGAGUGCAUCGAGACCGCAACGUUCUGCUUCGGGCCCAUCAAAUAUGAGUUAUUCCUUGCAAACUUUCUAUGGCCAACAUGGAGAGGAGUUAUCGCCACAUGAAGUUGAUGGAAAUGUCAGUCAGGUGGUUAUCAGAUCUCCAACUGCACGUCGUCGUGGACGCCCACCGAAGAAUCUUUCAGGCAUUUCAUCUCACAAACCUGAAAAACCGGCGAUACCAAGAAAACGUGGCAGACCCCCUAAAGAUUAUACGGCGCCAGUUAGCAUCGCAGACUCGGAGCCAUUGACGGCAAAAUGUCAGAAGCCCGCAAACAGCAAGAAGCCCAAUUCCCAAUCAGAUGACAACCCACCAAAGAGACGAGGCCGCCCCCCUAAGCGGCCUUCUCCGGAAGUAGAAAUACCGCUUCCUAACCCACCUUUUCAAAUUUAUGGUUGCGAAUGGGACAAGUGUCCUGCUAAAUUACACAAUUUGGAUACUUUGAGAAUGCAUCUUUCCAAAGUUCAUGGCAAGAGGGAGGAUGACAUGUUUAAUUGUCUGUGGAAAGGUUGCACCAAGGUACAAACUCCCAACGACGGAUCUAUGUUGUCAUCAGAAUCAACAAAUACCACAAAAUAUAGAUUCGAAAAUGAAAAUGAUUGGAAAAGACACGUCGAGAAAAAGCACGUCAUCCGUUUUGCUUGGCACAUGGGAGAUGGACCUAGAAAUUCAUUAGGUACUACACAUUAUUUUGAUAUCAAUGCCAUAUAUAAUGGCUGCCCAGCUCUACGCAAAUUUGAAAUGUUUUACUGACAUUCUUGUCUUAGAUGGUCCCCAGAAACAUAAUGCAUCGGCUCUUCCGGCAUAUCUGUUUGAUAAAAACGGCGUUCAGGUCACCCCCUCAGUUAAAGAUCAGCAAAUCGAAUAUGGAGACCCCAAGGAGACUAGUGCCCAAAGAUUCAAGAGAACUAUCAGUGGUCUCGAUUUUGUUUUGAAUCCUAUCUAUAACUCGAAUUAUGCGACUCCAAUUCAAAGCGUAGCAAAGGAUGGUGGAGAAAACGACGAGGUCCAUAGCAGUAAUGAAGGUAAAGAUGAUGGAAACGAUACGAACAUGGAGGACAUUGAGGACAUUGAUGCGGACUUUUGAAAAUUUGGAGAAGUCACCAAAGCUGCUUGCGGUCAUCCGAGUAUUUCAUUCUCAGUUGUUACGAUAUCAGCGAGCAUCUAGAAGAUUGAAGCUCAUUGAUUAUCUGGAAAUCAAUGCAGGUUUUGGGACCGCGCUUACUCGUUUUAUUAAUGUGAGCUAGGGCAGCUCUUUCGCUUUGCACAAACAUUUUGAAAGGGUCUUGGAACUAUUACAUAGCAUGAUUAUUCAAAGGGACAAAUUCCUAUUUUCUUCAACAUGUACUGAACGGCAAAACUUCGGCACAUCCCGCUGCUUGCCUUUUUGGUGAUAUUUUCCACCACAGCACGGAACAUCAAUGAAUACAAUGUUAGUGAGGAGUAAACCGCAGUAGUAGUGUCGGUGAUAAUUCUGCUUUAUUUUCUCAUUAUACGUAUACUUCUCUCCAUCUUACCCUUUGUUCGUCGAGCUCCAAUUCAUCCAAAGACCUUCACAAUGUAUUCCGCAAAGAGAAUCUCAAGCGAGAUUCUUUGUGUUGAAAUUGAUGAAAUCGUUUCUUCUGAUUAACUAUUGCAUUUAUCUUU